AUGGAAGAGAGCUACGUUAGAGCUCUAGAGAAGAUAUAUCUAGACCUGCAUCCUGAAUAUUUCUCUCCAACACUAGAGUUAGCCGACCCCCUCCUCUACGACAGGCUGAUCCGCCGCUUCCAAACAUCUAGCGAACGCGAAGCCGAAGGUCGUCGAAAAGGCCACUCUGGCGCCCUAGAGGCUGAUCUCGAGCGUGCAGAGGCGAAGAUGGAAGCCCUGGCUCAUCCUGACCCGACUUCAUUGUUCACAUAUACCCGUGGACCGAACGGGGAGAUUCUAGCAGAAGACAGAGAUGAGAUACCGGGUACUAAGCAGGAAGGGGCUGAACGGUGGAAACAUGAGAUGGAAAUGAGGUUUGUGAAGGGUGCAGAUGAUGAGUUUGAGUAUGCGGUUGUGGAUGGGUGUGAGGAUUAUGAUGACCUGAGUGAAGAGCAGGAUAAGUAUUUUGACGAUGAAGAGCCGGAGUGGCUUGUUGAGAAGGGAGAGGGAGGGGAUGGUAGAGAGUCACUGAAGGGAGAAACGGGGAUUCAGGACUUUUGA